AUGUUGAGUAACAAGAAAGUGGCAGCUUCCGAUUCACAAGUUUCUUUUAUAUAUUCCAUACAACAAAGUUCACAGCUUACGCUGAGUAAUGAGAUAUUACCUACUUUUAGUUCACAAGUUCCUUCCAUAUAUCCAAUACAACAAAAUUUACAGUAUACAUUGGGUUAUCCUAAUGAAAAAAGUUUACAGCCUAUGUUGAGUAAUGAAGCACUACCAAUUUUUGGUUCACAAGCUCUUUCUGUAUAUCCUAAUAAACAUAGUUUACCAAAUGAUGAAAUAUUACUAGCUUUUGAUUCACAAGUUCUUUCUAUAUACUCUAUUAAACAAAGUUCACAACCUAUGUUAAGUGAUGAAAUAUUAUUGGCUUCUAGUUCACAAGUUUCUUUUAUAUACUCUAUACAACAAGAAUGUGCAUCACCUGAAUCUAAUAUGUCGAACACCAAUGAUAUAGACAAUAGAUCUGUUAAUUAUGAUAUAUCUGAUGUAAAUAAACAACAAAACGUUGAAUUUAAAAAUCAAGAAAAACUUGAAAUUGUCCCCGGCUUAGUAUUUCAAAAUUGGGAACAGCUUGAUCGUUAUAUUAGAAUAUAUGCAAAACAAAAUGAAAAAAGCGAGAUUGAUUUUUAUAAAAAUCUUGACGAUUUUCCAGCAACAAAUGUUAAUGAAAUUAUUUCAAGUCUAUCUACUUUUUCUAUUCAAGAAAUUUGGGAGAUUACUUAUAAGUCAUUAAUAUCUCAACCAUCAAUUACUUAUCAAAAUGAAAGUGCUAUUUCAACUUCAAACUUCAUACCUGAUUUUACUCUUAUAUACCUGGGUUCUGAUUUUUCUUUUAAUAUAUUAAAAACACUUAACAAUCGUCAUAUAUAUAGAGUUACAAAUGGUUUCUGUAAAAAAGCUAUAGCUGUUGGAUUGGAUGCUGGCUCUGUAGCAAUGGAAUCACUUAAUAAUGAAAUUCAAGAUAAUGAAUUAAGUGAUUUAGAUGAUCAAGAAAAUGUCUCACAAUUUGAUGUAUCUACUAUACAAGAUCUGGUAAUUAGAAAAAGAAAAGGAGCACCAAGAGUUAAGCGUAUUAAAAGUUCUCUUGAAACAAAAAAUAUUCAAUCAAAUACCAAGAAAGAGAAAGCCACACGUUUUUGUUUUCGCU